AUGGCAUCCUCAGCGGGAAGCGAAGUCCGAGCCCUCGGCUCUAGCGAAGGGACUUUGGGAGCACUGCCCGGUGCUCGGCCACCACUUCGCUCGCACCACCUACACACCACAACCACAACCACCGCAGGUUCCCCUGGAUCUCUGAUGGUGGAGUCGGUGGACGACGCGGAGGGUCUGUAUGUCGCCGUGGAGAGAUGUCCUCUCUGCAACACUGCUAGGCGCAGGCUGACUUGUGCCCGAUGCAUCCAGGCAGGGGAUUUCGUGUACUUCGACGGUAGAAACCCCGAACGGUGCGUGUUAACAUUCAGCUAACUUCAUAACACUGCUCUAAGUGAUGUCACUAAUGAAAACAUAUGCGGCAUCAUCAGCUAACAUUGCAUUUAGCGAUCAACAAUCGAACAAACAUGAUAGCUAACUAGCUGUGUUUACAAGAAGCUAGCAUUGCCUUUAACAAAACGUUAGCUCUUAGCACUAGCUUGUUAGCUAACAAGGUAGUUUGUUUACAAGAGGACCAUGGAACAUUACACCCAGUAGGGCUGUUUGGGAAACAUUCUUGUCCUAGAGUGGAUAACACGUAGCUAGCUAUAUGUUAAGAAUAGUCAAGCCAUUUGAGCACCAACCUUCUCACACUAAACAGUGUAGCUAGCUAGCUUUCUAACUUUCUAGUGUCGUGAAACUAAAAAUAACUGUCAUGACAUGUGGUGUCAUGAUGGCUCUUUGUCAGUGAAGUCGUGAAUGGCCAUUUGCCUACUACUUUACUUACAUUUGCAUGUUCUAUCAUACUUUUGCUUUUGUGAGUUUCCAGAAUUCAAUGACUAGCUAGUAGUCUAAUGACAUUUCAUUUAGUUUUUCUAAAGUUCAAUGAAUCUCAACUUGUUUUCUGUAAAGUAGCAUGUUCUAUGCCACUCUCUCGCCCAACACCUGUGCUUGGAGCAUGUUGGGGGCACUUCACUCAUUCUGCUGUGCUGCUGUAACAUGCCAUUGGGUUUUUAAUGAAGUCUCUCUUUUUUUUUUAUAUAGAUACACUAAAAAAUUGGAAAGACUUCAAAUGCUGAAGGAGGAGAAAGAACUUCUUGAACAGAGGUAAAAAAAAAAGACUAGUUGCAGUUAAUAAUCAUGAAUAUGUUGAAUAAUAUCAUACUACUUUGCUGUUGUCAUGUUUUCAACCAUUUCUGUAUACUGGCAUAUCUCUUUCAUCAUUAUAUACAUCAUAUUAAUAAAUCUACACUAUACUCUCUUUUCCCCAGGGUCAUUACUGCCAUGGAUAAGAAGGUCCAGGCAGAUCAGCUGGUAAGUUAAGUUAUGACGACACACAAGAACAUGAUGAUAAGCUUAAUUUAGUCUGCCCUAAGCAAGGUAGCCUGUGUGUGUAAUAUUGUUUCUAUGUGUCAAUAUCCUGCCUAUUCUUUUCAAAUCUAAUGUGUUCGGUUUCGUUCAGAAAUGGAAGAUGAUGUCAUGCAAGAUGAAGAUUGAGCAGCUGAAGGAGGCCAUUGGCUGUGGGAACGAAGAGGUGAAGAGUGGUGAGUUACAUGGCUCCAACGGACAUUCAAAUCAGUGAUGAAUGACCCUAGAUUAUUACAUUUUAAUGUAUUGUCUUCUUUAUACUUUCCGCGUAAUGUCUUUAUGAAACUUGGAAUCUGUAAUAGUGGAAGACAUUGGAUGCGUCCCAAAUGGCAUUAUAUUCCCUAUAUAGUACACUACUUUUGCCAUUUGGGAUGAAUUCAUUAAACAUAUUAUCCCUCCCUCUCCCCCCUCAGGUAAGGACCUGCUGCUUCGCUCCCAGGAGGAGAGCCAGAGGCUGCAGCGGCGGGCCAGCCGCCACCAGGAGAAGAGGGACAAGAUAGAGCGACACAACCAGCGGCUGGGAGAGCUGCUGGAGAAGAGGGGCAAGGAGCUGCAGGGUCGUCUGGAGCACCUGGCCGAGGUCCGCAAGGGACACAUCCUGGAGCUCACCGCUCACAUCUUCCCCACACAGGAGGAGAAACAGGGCAGCAGGUCAGUGAUGCUGUACCUCAUAAAACAGGACCAUAAAUGUACAGUUGCGUCCAAAUAUAUUGGCACCCUUGCAUUUCAUAAAUUAUUCCCAAAUUUUUUCUAAAAUAAGGUGAACAAUUAUAAUAAUUAGUCACCACACCUUGUUAUUGGAUUUUCAACAUUGCAGACACAUUUUAUUUUUUGUAAACUUAAGUUUACAAAUUUAAUUUAGAAAAUAAAGACAUGGCUUGGACAAAAUUAUUGGCACCCCGGAGCUAGUACUUGGUUGCACAGCCUUUGGCCAAGAUAACUGCAGACAAACGCUUCUUGUAGCCAUCCAAUGAGCUUGCUACACCUUCCUACUGGCAAUUUGGCCCACUUUUUAGCAGCAAACUGCUCUAAUUAUUCAAUGUUUGAGGGGUGCCCUCCACCAACUGCUGGGUAAAUAGAAUACCCUGACAUAAUCCUUUGAGGACUGAGAAUUCUGACAACGGUUAGUGCUCACAUUCUCAGAGGACCCGAGGAGGGGUUAGGAGAAGGUUGGGAGGAAGGGGGAAGUGGUAAAGGAAGAGAUCCAGCGAUUCCUCAUCAGUAUCAGCAACCUGGUUGCCCUCAGACUCCCCACAAAUAAAUGCACAUAUGGCGACACACAGACACACGCAGCCCUCAGACAAAAUAAAGUGCACAGAAGUAAAGUCAGUUCUUCUCCCAUUGUCUGUACCACCACUCCUCAGAGACCUCCCUGGGUUUCUUAUACAGUACCAGUCAAAAGUUUGGCAAACCUACUCAAGGGUUUUUCUUUAUUAUAGAAUAAUAGUGAAGACAUCAAAACUAUGAAAUAACACAUAUGGAAUCAUGUAGUAAGUGUGUAAAGCUGUCAUCAAGGCAAAGGGGGGCUACUUUGAAGAAUCUCAAAUAUAAAAUGUAUUUUGAUGGUUACUAUAUGAUUCCAUAUGUGUUAUUUCAUAGUGUUGAUGUCUUCACUAUUAUUCUACAAUGUAGAAAAUAGUAAAAAUAAAGAAAAACCCUGGAAUGAGUAGGUGUGUCCAAACUUUUGACUGGUACUGUAGAUUGGUGAUGGUCAUACCAAGGAUCAUUUAGCUAUUUUAUUUUGAAUUUUAGGACCCCUUUAGGUAUAAAAAAUUAUUUGAAGAAAAUUUAAUUUGGCCUUACUGCUAUUAGCCCAUAGAAACGGAUUGAAUAACAGAUUCAUACAUGGAAAAACAGUUAAAAAAUAUAUAUAUAUCUAAAGGAAGUUUGUUUGAGGUGUCUGUCCUGUAUCUGAGAGAUAUAAGAACCCCUUUUCUUAGGCACUAAACUCCUUCCAUAUAUACUUCUAUUAUUUUUUUAAAAACUGGUACCGGGCUACCUUCAGACGAGUCUUGUGAGGCUUCUGGGUGUCCUAGAGCAAAACAGACAUGUUCGUGAGAGACUCACCUUUCCAUAGAGGGGUCAUAAUAGUUUGUAGGCCUAACCGUUCGGACGCUACUGAAAGUUUCGUGAGAAGACACAUUUUCGGGAUGUCUCAUGGUCUGACAAACACUGCUGUAGCUCUGCCACCUUUCACCGCAGAUGCAGAAGGCCGAUAUCGGCAGAUGUGGUUGGAUUGCGAUGCAAUCCCCCCCCCGAUAUCUCUACCUUAAACACAAACAAAGACUUUUAUGGAUAUGUUUUUAAUUAUGCUAAUUAUAUUUAUGCUGGGCUGCGGAAAUUGACUCGGGUUAAUGUCAAUCCCUGCAUAUUCACCACAUGAUCAAAAGUAAGUGGACACCUGCUUGUCGAACAUCUCAUUCCAAAAUCAUGGGCAUUUAAUAUGGAGUUGGCUUUCCACUAGAUGUUGGAACAUUGCUGCUGGGACUUGCUUCCAUGUUGGGCGAAAAAAAAUUCUGUAUGGACCUCGCUUUGUGCACGGGGGCAUUGUCAUGCUGAAACAGGAAAGGGCCUGCCACAAAGUUGGAAGCACAGAAUCGUCUAAAAUGUCAUUGUAUGCUGUAGCGUUAAGAUUUCCCUUCACUGGAACUAAGGAGCCUAGCCCGAACCAUGAAAAACCGCCCCAGACCAUUAUUCCUCCUCCACCACCAAACGUUACAUUUGGCACUAUGCAUUCGGGCAGGUAGCGUUCUCCUGGCAUCCGCCAAACCCAGAUUCGUCCGUCGGAUUGCCAGAUGGUGAAGCGUGAUUCAUCACUCCAGAGAUCGCGUUUCCACUGCUCCAGAGUCCAAUGGCGGUGAGCUUUACACCACUCCAGCCGACGCUUGGCAUUGCGCAUGGUGAUCUUAGGCUUGUGUGCUGCUGCUCGGCCAUGGAAACCCAUCAUGAAUCUCCCGACGAACAGUUAUUGUGCUGAUGUUGCUUCCAGAGGCAGUUUGGAACUUGGUAGUGAGUGUUGCAACCGAGGACAAAUUAUUUUUACACGCUUCAGCACUCUGUGGUCCCGUUCUGUGAGCUUGUGUGGCCUACCACUUCGCGGAUGAGCAGUUGUUGCGCCUAGAAGUUUCCACUUCACAAUAACAGCACUUACUGUUGAUCGGGGCAGCUCUAGCAGGGCAGAAAUUUGAUGAACUGACUUGUUGGAAAGGUGGCAUCCUAUGACAGUGCCACAGUGAAAGUCACUGAGCUCUUCAGUAAGGCCAUUCUACUGCCAAUGUUUGUCUAUGGAGAUUGCAUCACUAUGUGCUCGAUUGUAUACACCUGUCAGCAACGGGUGUGGCUAAAAUAGCUGAAUCCACUAAUUUAAAGGUGUCCACAUACUUUUGUGUAUAUGUAGUUUAUAUACUGUAUUACUCCAUGGCAUCUAGCCAUGACUGGCCGGAAUAUGACUCCGGGCUUUAGUUUGCUUCAAGGACAGGACCAAUAGUCUCUGUCCAGGGAUUUGAUGCUUUAACAAUAUACAUCAAGUAUAGGCCUACAUUAAAAUCCAUACUGCCCUCUCAUCUACUGGUUGAAGAGUUUUAGAGAUGUUCUUCCCAGCCCUCUGUCCCUCAGGGACCCAGCGGACGUGUUGUCAGAGUGUGACCAGGCCCUGACCUCCAGCACGGUGAGUGAGCUGGCUGAGGCCCGCCGCACCACCUACCUUUCAGGGCGCUGGAUCUGGGACGACCAGAAUGGAGAAACCAGCAUUAGCAUCACCGGACCCAGGGUCACGCUGCCUAGCAACGGGGACUGCUCCCCCUAUUACAGCUGGGUGGAAGGACAAGAGCACCAACGAGGGGCCCGGUAGGACUUUUUAGCUAAAUACAGUUGAAGUCGGAAGUUUACAUACACUUAGGUUGGAGUCAUUUAAAACUCAUUUUUCAACCAAUCCACACAUUUCUUGUUAACAAACUAUAGUUUUGGCAAGUCGGUUAGGACAUCUACUUUGUGCAUGACACAAGUCAUUUUUCCAACAAUUGUUUACAGACAGUAUAAUUCACUGUAUCACAAUUCCAGUGGGUCAGAAGUUUACUAAGUUGACUGUGCCUUUAAACAGCUUGGAAAAUUCCAGAAAAUGAUGUCAUGGCUUUAGAAGCUUCUGAUAGGUUAAUUGACAUAAUUUGAGUCAAUUGGAGGUGUACCUGUGGAUGUAUUUCAAGGUCCUCUGUAGCUCAAUUGGUAGAGCAUGGCAGUGGGUUCGAUCCCCGGGACCACCCAUAUGUAAAAAUUUAUGCACACAUGACUGUAAGUCGCUUUGGAUAAAAGCGUCUGCUAAAUGGCAUAUUAUUAUAUUUCAAGGCCUACUUUCAAACUCAGUGCCUCUUUGCUUGACAUCAUGGGAAAAUCAAAAGAAAUCAGCCAAGACAUCAGAAAAAAAAUUGUAGACCUCCACAAGUCUGGUUCAUCCUUGGGAGCAACUUCCAAACACCUGAAGGUACCACGUUCAUCUGUACAAACAAUAGUACGCAAGUAUAAACACCAUGGGACCACGCAGCCGUCAUACCGCUCAGGAAGGAGACACGUUCUGUCUCCUAGAGAUGAACGUACUUUGGUGCGAAAAGUGAAAAUCAAUCCCAGAAUAACAGCAAAGGACCUUGUGAAGAUGCUGGAGGAAACAGGUACAAAAGUAUCUAUAUCCACAGUAAAACGAGUCCUAUAUCGACAUAACCUGAAAAGCCGCUCAGCAUGGAAGAAGCCACUGCUCCAAAACCCCAUUAAAAAAAAAUAAAAAAAAUAAUAAUAAUAAUAAUAAUAAAAAAAAGCCAGACUAUGGUUUGCAACUGCACAUGGGGACAAAGAUCGUACAUUUUGAGAAAUCUCCUCUGGUCUGAUGAAACAAAAAUAGAACUGUUUUGGCCUUAAUGACCAUCGUUAUGUUUGGAGGGAAAAGGGGUCUGCUUGCAAGCCGAAGAACACCAUCCCAACCGUGAAGCAUGGGGGUGGCAGCAUCGUGCUGUGGGGGUGCUUUGCUGCAGGAGGGACUAGUGCACUUCACAAAAUAGAUGGCAUCAUGAGGAAGGAAAAUGUAUGUAAGACAUCAGUCAGGAAGUUAAAGCUUGGUCGCAAGUGGUUCUUCCAAAUGGACAAUGGCCCCAAGCAUACUUCCAAAGUUGUGGCAAAAUGGCUUAAGGACAACAAAGUCAAGGUAUUGGAGUGGCCAUCACAAGCCCUGACCUCAAUCCUAUAGAAUCUUUUUGGGCAGAACUGAAAAAGCGUGUGCGAGCAAGGAGGCCUACAAACCUGACUGUUACACCAGCUCUGUCAGGAGGAAUGGGCCAAAAUUCACCCAACUUAUUGUGGGAAGCUUGUGGAAGGCUACCUGACACGUUUGACCCAAGUUAAACAAUUUAAAGGCAAUGCUACCAAAUACUAAUUGAGUGUAUGUAAACUUCUGACCCACUGGGAAUGUGAUGAAAGAAAUAAAAGCUGAAAUCAUUCUCUCUACUAUUAUUCUGACAUUUCACGUUCUUAAAAUAAAGUCAUGACUAAGUCGCUUUGGAUAAAAGCGUCUGCUAAAUGGCAUAUUAUUAUUAUUAUUAUUAUUAUUAUUAAAGUGGUGAUCCUAACUGACCUAAGACACUGAAUUUUUACUAGGAUUAAAUGUCAGGAAUUGUGAAAAACUGAGUUUAAAUGUAUUUGGCUAAGGUGUAUGUAAACUUCCGACUUCAACUGUACAUUUUAUGUAAUGAUGAUGUAUGCCAUUUAGUGCACGCUUUUAUUCAAAGCGACUUACAGUACAUUUUUACUAUGUUUUAGUAUAUUUUUCUAGCGCCACACACUUACCAAAAGAAGACAUCUUAAUCAAGUUAUGUCUUUUGAGAUGUAACAAGGAAAACUACUAGCCGAUUGAGAGGAACAUCUAGUCCUUAGAGAUUACCAAUUGACAAUAUUUACUUGUACUGUGCCAAGGCUAUUUGUGAUCAUAAAAGAGCUUUCAUUUCCAGAGCUGGACCACAUCAACCCAGCCCACACCAUCAGUGCAGCUCUCUGCUACGCUACCCAGCUCAUCAACAUCCUCUCUCAUAUCCUGGAUGUCAAUCUGCCCAAGAAGUUGUGCAACAGUGAGUUCUGUGGUGACAGCCUGAGCCGGUACAGGUUCACCCGGGCUGUCACCAAGCUCAACACCAACAUCCUUCACCUCUGCUUCUCACAGGUACUACAGAGCAUGGUUCCUCUAGGAGUUUCUUCCUUCUGAGUGUUUUUCCCCUUGCAAUUGUUCUGCUGCAGCUCUUCUGUUAGGGAUAGUUCACCUAAAUUACAAAAUGACAUUUGUUUCCUUACCGUGUAAGCACUUUAUGGACGAGGUAUGACAGAAAUCCAUGCUUUGGUUUAGUUUCCCUGGCAUGGUUUCUGCAUGCAAAAGUUUUAGCAUUUGUGGCACAAAUCCCAUUCAAGUCAUGGGACCGAUUAUUAGCAUUUUACGCACAUCAUGUCCAAACAAUCUAAAAAUGAUUGUGAAACUCUCUACAAAGUCACUUUUAGAUGUUUUGAACAUGAUGUGUGAAAAAUGCUCAUAUCGGUCCCAUGACUUGAAUGGGAUUUGUGCCACAAAUGCUAAAAUGUCAAAAUAGAGGUAAGAUGGAUAUCGAUUUUGAGAUAUGGCGUAGUAUUUUAGUAUACGCUUUUGAUUGAAUUUAUUACACAAUGUUUUUUAAAUACAUACAUAAUGCGAAAUUCCAGUUCUUAUUUCGAUUUCUCACAACCAAGCGAAUCUCUGUGAAAUGUCAACGGAGCACAGUGUACCGCAAACUUUUUACAUUUAAUUCAGUUUGUGUUAAUUUGGCUUUUUGCGAUCCGCGGAAAACAACUUUGCAGACGACCACCACAUGUAAAAUCCUCAAGUCGCUGCGAGAAAGCGCAUAGCUAUGUCUACAGAGCUCAACUCUUAUCAGAUGCAUUAGGCCACGAAAUCCAACUUUUUGGAUAUAGUGUUAAUGAUGUUAUAGAAAGACCCUACUGAAUGAAUCAGAACAUGAAGAAUCAUAUUUGUCUUUGUACAAUGUAUUUUAUGACAUAAGGAAGUGAAAUUACAUCACCAAUGCACGUUUUCACCCACUCUGGGCCGAGUGGGUGGACACCCUACACUAACCAGUUGUGUGUAUUCUCCUGGAGCAUGUUGAGAGUGAGCUGCUGCACCCUCACCACACCCUGAGGAAUAUCAUGUUCCUGGUCUCUCCCGACAACAAGAACCUGGGCAGGUAAGAAAAUCCCUGGUCAAAAGUAGUGCAUUAAAUGUUGAAUAGGGUGCCAUUUGGGACGCAGACUGACUAUCUCCUCCCUCUGUGCAGGACGGGUCCAUAUGAGGUGACUGCAGACCUGGAGGACUCCAUGGAGUUUGUGGAGCCGGAGGCGGCCGGCCAGGCAGAGGAGAGCGGGGACGAGAUGGUGACGGACGAAGAGACAGACCUGGGGACAGACUGGGAGACUGUCCCCAGCCCGCGCUUCUGUGACAUCCCCUCCCAGCCCAUGGACCUGUCCCAGAGCAUGGCCAUGCAGGUGUCCCAGCCCGUGGGCCAGGCCGGGGGCAUGAUCUCCUCAGCAGCUGCCUCCGUCACCUCC